GAGUAUUCAAAAUGGCGUCAGCAGUUGGGCUUGGUUUCUGCUUUGCAGCCGGCAUUGUUUUGCGCCUGUCUUUGUUUAGAACUGAUGUUGCUGAUUGGUGUGCAUCAAGGGUAGAGGUCUCCAAUGCUCUGACCUCAUGGCAAAAAGCUCUGGAUGGUAUUGCUCUUCAGGACAAUGACAUCUCUCCAUACCAGGGGGAUAUGUUCCACGAGACCCCAAUUAUGCUGAGGGUUUUCAGUUUUGUGACGAAGCUUCUUGGAUCAAAGAUCAAUUACUUCUUUGUGUUUAUUGAUGUGCUGAGUGGUCUGGCAUUGGCGAGCAUUGGUCAUCACUUUGGCAGAUAUAUGCUAGCGAAGCAGUUAUCUGAAGUGAAGAGUUACGCCAUUGGUGUGGAGAAGAUAAUCUUGAAGAGAGAUGAUGUCAGCACGAUCUCCAUGGCACUGGUUGCUGCCCACUUCUUGAAUCCGUACAGUGUAGCAGUAUGUCUGGGGCGGUCAACAGCUGUCAUCAACAAUCUGUUCAUCUUCCUCACCUUCAUGUACAUGCUUAAAGGUAACGUUGUUUUGUGCCUGGCGUGUAUCGCGUUCGCUGCGUACCAGUCUCUGUAUCCCAUAAUGCUCCUAGUACCAGCGGCCAUCUUCUUUCAACAGAGGUCAGACAAGUCACAAAGGUCAGACUUGCCUCAGUUUUUGACAGGAUGCAGUGUGACAGCCAUGACAGGUCUUGGAUUGACGGCGGCACUUUUCCUAGCCUCCUACUUUAUCGAAGGCUCCACACGAUUCCUGCCUGCUACCACUGGCUUCAUCCUGGGUGUUCCUGACCUGACCCCAAAUCUUGGGGUGUUCUGGUACUUCUUCACAGAGAUGUUCGAGCACUUCCGACCAUUCUUCAUCUGUGUGUUCCAGAUCAAUGCUUUCCUCUUCACCGUGCCACUUGCCAUCAAACUCAAGGAUCACCCGGUGUUCUUGGCAUACAUAUUGGUGUUUCUCAUGUCGAUAUUCAAGUCCUAUCCCAGCCAUGCUGAUGUUGCUGUCUUCGUUACACUGUUGCCCUUGUGGAAACAUAUAUUUAGCUACAUGCGUAACACAUUCAUUGUAACCAACAUGUUUUUGUCGUGUACCGUGCUGGCCCCGAUACUCUGGCACCUGUGGAUCUAUGCCGGCAGUGCCAACGCCAACUUCUUCUUCGCCAUUGCCUUGACCUUCUCCACUGCUCAGAUAUUCCUUUUGACCGAUUUACUGUUUGGUUUCCUGCGCCGAGAGUUUGACCUAAAAAAUGGUGUCAAACAUAAGUUGGAGGAUGGAAAAGAUGCUCAAAUAGUCAUGGAGUAAACAUUAAAACCUUGUAAAUGUGUUACCGUGGUUACUGUGGUGACUUUGUCAUUGUCUGGAUCUGUAUAUGGCGUUCUUUUGUGUAGUAGUACAUGGUUUUAUGUUGUAGCAUUUAGGAGAAAAGAACCUGUGUUAAUGUGUUAUGAAUUACCUUAGCACUUCCAGAAAGUUACGUCAAAACUUACAAAAAAACAACAAUGUGUGAUGAAUUGGUCAAAUCAUAUCAUGUUUCUUAUGAAUUCCAUGACUAGUUUUGUUAUUAGUUACACAUAAAUGUUCAGUGCUGUGUGUGAUUGUUACUGAUUGUUGUAGCUUGUUGCUGAUGUGGGAAGUGAUGUUCAACUGACUCUUACUGCUAUACAUGUACAUCACAUUGUAUCAUUUUGAAUAUCAAUGUUGGAAUCAAACAUUUGUAUGAGAUCAGUAGCCAUGUUAAGAAUGUAUUUUGAAGGGGUGUCACCUUGAUUCACCUGUCACCAGAAGACGCCCGUUCCAGCCCAACCACGGGAAAUUGCUCAUAGUCUUUUAAAAUGGACACAAGAACUUAUUUCUACCAAGAAAACAGAACUCUGGCUAGAUGUCAGCUUGUAGAAAAUGAUUUUUUCACUUAAUUGAUAUUUUUCUUUCAAUUAAUCUUCAUUUUCCAUGCUGUAGUUUUAGUUUUGACGCAAUUUAUUAUGUUAUCAUUGUGUAACUGUUUUUGAACAUGUUUACUCUGAAUAUGCUGGAUGCAAAUGUUGUAGAAAAUUCACCUUCACUGUCUGUUGUUCUUUCUAUGAUAUUGUCAUGAUUAAGUGUCUCUUAUGAUUUUUUAUAACUAUCUUUAAACAAGAGUGCCUGAGGAGAGAACGUCCAUGCUUGUUUGUUGUUUUUCAGUCGAAACCCUAUUUAACUCAACAUUUAGUGAUGCAAGAGAUACGGGCCUUACAAAACAUGCAUGUUGUCUCAGACAAAACGUGUACCAAAUUUCAUUUGAAUAUUUCAAAUAACAUUUUUGGCUAUGACCAAGAUUAAUGUGAUUUUCAACACAAAUGACAACAACGUCGCCAAGGCAACUCUAUUCCUAGACUUUGUACAAAAAACCUGAUCAUUGGAUUUGUAUGCUUGUUUACUGUGUGUUUCUCAUUCAUCUUAGGCAGAAAUUACUUAUUUCAAAACCUUUUAUAUAUUGUAUUUAUUUGUGUUGAUAUUUCUGAAUAAAACUAAAAAUCAG